UAUUUUUGAAGCUCUACGUUACAUACUCUACGUAUUAUACGCUUGAAAAUAAUAAUUGUCAAAGUACAAUAAUUUAAUACUACAUAGCAAAACAAGAAAAAUUGUAUAUAUUGUACUAAGAAAAAGUUUCCUACUGUAAAGCACCAUAAUAAGGAAACGAACGUUAAAUUUGCUUCACCCAAGUGUAUUGUCAUAUGCAAACCGAUUUGAAUAUCGAUUAAUUAAGCGUUGCAACACUGAAGCGGUAACAACAACGCGCGCGGAACCGGCGAUUUCUGCAUUAAUACGUUUCGCGAACUCCUAGCUUUGAUUUGUUUAUAUUAAAUUAAAAUAAACAAGUAAAGUGGUGUUGUUAAAAGACCGCAACAAUGACCGGCGCGGCUAUAACUACCUGCAAACUGCUGUUAUUUGGCCGUUGCGUGCGCGCCGUAUUGCUCAGCGUGGGCGUACAAUUUUUGUUGCUAACCGUUUUUUUGCUGUUAGUUAAUUUUCAAUUGUUGCAUCCACUGAAUUGGAUAAUGGGCUCGCUACGCUUAGUGUGCAGCUUCUACACAUGGUUUGCCUGCAUCCCACUCCUAGGUGCCAUCGUGUUCUAUGGAAUGGCACUCUCCCAUCAGCAUCUUGCCGAACGCCGCUAUUGCCCUACCCGAUAUCGGUGGCUGCUGCACAAUGGUCCGCGAAAGCUAUUGUUUCUGCUUGCUCAUGCGGUCGUGGGCUACCUAACCGCAUGGCUGUACACGGGAUACCUACAUUCGGACUACCGUCAUUUUAUCUACAAGUCGUAUGGCCAGGACUUUGUGAACUCCUAUCACAUCUUUCUGCUGGGCAUGGGACUUUGCGCUGGCGGCUAUUACUUUGCUAGCGAGUACAUACAAGAAGAAAUUUCCAUUGAUUUCGACUUUGCCGAACAGUCGCGCCCAGAGAAACUACGCGAGCUGCUCUAUGCUACGUUGCUGAAGGCGCCAAUAAGUUCCGUGAUGCCGACGAUAUGCUACACGCUUGUAUUUUGGCUGUUUGGUUCAUUUUUAAGGCAUCGACUAAGUAUUUUACUCCACGUGGACACAGACGAUAGGCUACUUGGAAUCAUAGAUGUAAUCAGCAAUGGACGAUUGUUAUUCUAUGCCUGGUUGCUGGGCGCUCAGAUAGUUAGCAAUAUGCAUUUAAUGCGAUGCUUUUAUGCCACAAUGCUAUCGGAGCGUUUACCAAUGGUGGUUGGACGCAAUCGUGCUUCCGUUCCCAGUGAGCAGGAGCUCACCAUUGUGGCCGGUCUGGGUGUCUUCAAUGUUCAUGUGGUACAGUGUCUGGCUGCUAAUUUCUUGUUUCAAGAAGCCCAACGCAACACUUCAUCAGUACGCACAGAGAUCUUUCAGCUUACUGAGCCGGGUAAUCAUCCAGCUAAUUGGCGCGCGCUCUGCGACCAAUGUGUAAGCAUCGUGGGCGGCUUUACCGAUGAGCUUAACGAUUCAAUGAGACAGAUCCCCUUAGAUCAACCUAUUCACAGCGAUGCCAGCACCGCGCUUCUAGCAGAGAAGAUGCUGCUACGACAAUACAAUCAAUUGCAUGGCAUUCGGCCAGUUGUUUCACCAACUUAUAUGGAUGCUCCCAACAGGGAGUGGGAUGCAAAAGGCACGGAUAGUAUACGCCAUGUUCCCAAUUGGUGUGAGCGCACAUCAUCUAAAUUGGAAAAAUCGAUGCAGCAACUGUUGCACCGUAUUCCUGGCAUCGUUUACUUCUUCUAUGAACCGGAGGGCGCCAAAACGGAAUUUCUCAUAGAGAACGCGCUGCCUGUAAUCUGGUUGACGCAGGCGCUGGCCCAUAUAUGCGUCGCUUCUAUUAAAGAGGACAGUUAUGGCGUCGUGCAGGAUGAUUUACCGACAAUCAUCAAGGCGUUACAUCGUCUCAAAUGUGAUUUGGACAGAUUGGCCAAUGGCAUGCCCAACUUACGUACUAACAGCAACAAUUUCAAUCAUUUGCGCUAUGCAGUCCGUCGCAGUCUCUACAACAUUUGCACAUCGUUCUACAAAUAUCUUGGUGACUUAUCGUCAACGGGCGAAGAGCUGCGACAGCUGCAGACGUUCGUAUAUCAGGGAUAGGAGUCAUACACACUUUGU